ACACUCACAGAGUCAGGCGCGACAAGCAUUUCGAAUUUCAAACCCACAUCUAUCUCUCUCUCUCUCAUAUUCCCUGUGAAUCAGGAUCUGGAUCUGCUCGCUCUAUUCACCUUUGAAUCAAAGAAGAAGAUCAUCAAUCUGUUUCCGGCUUAGAUUUGAAGGUGCAUCUCCGGCCAAGAAGCAACCCCAAAGACAAUUAUGAGGACAGUGGGUAUAAAAGGGAUCAUUCUUUAUCAUUUGAAGUCACAUCUCCAGAAAUAUAUGUUGGGAAAGUAGUUUCGUAAAGAGUGAACUGAGAAUUCUAAAGACGGUUGUAUUAAAGUGGUUAUGGUUUGACACCUGAAUAAUGGGAAGUCAGGAGAACGAUGGAUCGCCUGUUAAGGAGGCAAACGAUUCCGCAAAUGAAACUCACCCAACAUCCCAGGAGCAGCCCUCAGGCAAUGCCAUGGGAGCGGUCCCACCUGAUUGGACCGGAUUUCAGGCUUAUUCGCCUAUGCCUCCACAUGGUUACUUAGCAUCAAGCCCUCAACCUUCUCCCUACAUGUGGGGGGUUCAGCAUUUUAUGCCACCUUAUGGUACCGCACCUCAUCCAUAUGUUAUGUAUCCUCAUGGUGGCUUAUAUGCUCAUCCAUCUAUGCCUCCGGGGUCAUAUCCUUUUAGUCCAUACGCAAUGCCCUCUCCAAAUGGUGUUGCCGAGGCUUCUGUUAAUAUAGCUGUCAGUAUGGAAGCAAACGGCAAGUCACCAGAAGGGGAGGAAAAACUUCCGAUUAAAAGAUCAAAGGGUAGUCUCGGUAGUUUGAAUAUGAAUACCGGCAACAACAAUGAAUCCAGCAAAAAUGGAUCUUAUCCUAAGAGCGGUGAGAGUAAUAAUCAGUACCGAAUGCCGAAAUACCAAAAAAAGCUGUUUUAAAUAAUAGAUAUUGGAAGAUGGAUUGAACAAGUUAGAGGGUGUUACUUGUAACAAAGCAGAAGGCAAUGCAUCUUUUCCCACGCAUUCGGUUGCCCAUCAAAGCAAUGAAAGAAGUGGAAUCACUUAAAAAAACACCCGACGCUUAUUACGCUGCUCGCCUUCUAAACGCCACCGGUAUAGUCUGGUUCUGGUUUUGGUCAGGUUCCUGGGACGUGGCAUUUUCGGUGCACGAUAUUGCCACAAGAGGAGAAGAUUCCGGCUAUAGUUUUGUGGUUGACUGAAUUUCACCAGAAGUUCAUGGAUGAGUUCCGUGAUUAAAUGGCUUCACAACAUUUUUGUUUUGCUUCUGCUGGAUUUUUAUGACUUAUGGAGUACUUCUGCUUGACUCAGCCAACGACUUACAAGGAACUUAAGUGUAAAUGCUUUUAUAUUCGGCUUGCAUACUUUUGUGCCGAGUUCGUAGCAGCUUCGAGUUGAAGAAGAGAAUAAUGGUGACAACAUGAAAAGGCCAUUCAUUCUUCAUCGCUGAAAAGGUUUACUUUCUAAAGGUUUGAUGACAGUUCGUAGCAGCUUCGAGUUGAAGAAGCUGCUGAACAACGUCAUCUUCCUAAUAUGUUUGUUGUUUAAGAAGCAGUCUUGUAUCAGAGAUGCGCUCAGCCUUGCAUCAGAGAAGCACUCAAAUUGGUAUAGUUGUGUUAGAAAAGUUGGCAUUAGAAUAAAUUACGUGAAACCCACCACACGUGUACUAAAAGAACAUUAGUUCUCGUGGCAACGCGCGGACAUUCCUACUAUUUACUUAUACACUUGAUUGCAGACAUAAGUGUCCUAAAUUCAGCUACAAGCUUCUUCA